AUGGGUAUGAUUACCUCAGAAUCGACGAUCACCCUUCUCAAUGUUGUCAAACUUUUCAAAACAUCUUGGAUGGUUGAGGUUAAAGUCCUGCAUUCAUGGACACAUCCUUCAAAUUAUUCUGCUGGAGACUCUCUUAACUUCAUUCUCGCUGAUAAGACGGGAGUUAAGAUUCAUUGUACCUGUAAGAAAGUGUUCUUUCCUCGUGUAAAGAGGCUUCAGCUUGGACAAUGGAGGUUCGUUGAGAAUUUCUCAUUAACCGCAUCAGCCGAAUCGACGAUCACCCUUCUCAAUGAUGUCAAACCUUUCAAAACAUCUUGGAUGGUUGAGGUUAAAGUCCUGCAUUCAUGGACACAGCCUUCAAAUUAUUCUGCUGGAGAUUCUCUUAACUUCAUUCUCGCUGAUAAGACGGGAGUUAAGAUUCAUUGUACCUGUAAGAAAGUGUUCUUUCCUCGUGUAAAGAGGCUUCAGCUUGGACAAUGGAGGUUCGUUGAGAAUUUCUCAUUAACCGCAUCAGCCGGUAAGUACCGAGCUACAAGCCAUAAGUACAAAAUGGUGAUAUUGAGCAAUUCUAACGUCACCAAAUCCACCCUGGAAAAUGAUGAUAAGUUUUUAUCAUUAGCAUCUUUCACAGAAAUCAUUAGCGGAAGUCUUAACUCCAACUUUUUGUUUGAUGUUAUUGGUCAAGCAAUAGAUAUUGGAGAUAUCCAGGUUAUUCCUGUGCAGGGUAAAGAAACAAAAAAGCUUCAGCUUACUUUGACAGAUACUGAGGAUAACCAGAUACCAUGUUGUCUUUGGGGCCGCUUUGCUGAACAGAUGUUAUACACAUCCAAAGUAGCACAAGUGAAUAAGAAUUUUCUUUGUUUACUGAGAUUUGCUAAAAUCAAUGUUUACCAGGGACAAGUUCAAAUUACAAAUGCUUUUGAUUCUUCCGCUAUUGAAAUUAAUCCGGCUGGAUUUGACGUGGAAGACUAUCUUCAAGUGAUACCUAAAAAUGAGCAAGCUCUCGCAACUGUUGGUCAUGAGGUUGCAAUACCUAAAGGAAGAAAAUGCCCUGCUGAUAAAUGGUCUGUUUAUCCUGAGAGAUCAAUUCUGGAUAUAAUAAUGGCGACUGAGACUGAAAAGUGCAUUGUUAAGGGCACAAUCUAUGCAAUUGACACAGACUAUGCUUGGUUUAAGCUUCAUCUACUCAUAAAAGAUGACACUGGUGAAACUAAGGUGAUGCUGCUUGAUACAAUUGCGGAACCCAUUUUGGGUGUGAGUGCUGAAGUGCUUCUAGAUGGUUCUCUAGAGGAGGUUCAAGAUCCUGAGGAUUUGCCUGAUGCUAUUACUGAGCUUAUUGGAAAAACUUUUAAAUUUGGUGUCUACGUGGGCAAAGACAAUGUUGACUAUGGUGCAGAUAUAUUUAACAUUGGAAAAACAUGGUUUGCUGAUGCAAUCAUAUCUAUUGCUGACGAUGAGAAUACUGAGGACACAUUGACAACCAUUGCUUCAUCCGACCGUUCCUCAGGACAGGUCUCUUUGAUCAGCAUUGACAGUGAAGAGAACACAAGUUUGUCUUCGACUCCACUUUCAAAGCGAAAGGGAGACUGCGAAAUUGGUGACCAUUCUUCUACUUCUAAGAAACAAUGCUCAAAGAUAAUCAAGCAGGAAAAGAAUGGUGGGGACUAA